AUGAUGGACAAAAUACGAAAUGUUGGAUUAACAUUAGAUCCACGUACAAAUGAACAACGUGAAGCAAAAAUAAAUACGAUAUGUAAUGUUACACAAAGAUUCUGUACUGGAACAUUACAACAAUAUUCAACUUUCAAUGAUUGUCAACAAUUUUUAAGAACACAAAUACCUUAUGGUUCAUAUGGUAGAGCAGAUCAAGGAAAUGUUAUUUGCCGUUUUGUUCAUACAUAUUUUGUAUCUUUAUUACCAUCUAUACAUUGUCCACAUGUGGGUCCAACUGGAGGAGAGCAUGUACUGAUAAAACAAUCGACUUUUAUUAUAAUCAACCAAAUUUUAUGGCUUGUGCUCAUAAACAAUAAUAAUCAAAUAAAAUCAUGUUCUUUUUUUUUCAAUUUAAAGUUUAAAUAAUAAAUUGAUAUCAUUCAUAAAUAAUUACGCGAAAACUAAGAUGUAUGAAGUCAUAAGAAGGAUGUAAAACUGAUUUGGUAAUUCGACUCGAUAACUGUACUUCUUUAUUAACUUAACAUAAUCUAAUUUCAAUAUAUUUAUUUAUCAGUUGAUCAGAAUUUUCUACAAAGUAUUUGUUGAGAAAUAACUAUGUGGAAAACAAAUGUCAUAGAUUCAUAAAAACUGAGAACAAAAUUACAUUAUUCAAAUUUCUAUACGAGUCAUUUUUCAUCAUUAUAUAAUCAUAGAAAUCACAAUAGUAUAAGCAAUGGUCAUAUCAUAAUACAAAAUAAUUGAAAGUUUCAAUCAUCUUUAAGAAAGUACAGUUGACAGUAGUGUCUUAUUAUUUUGUUUAAUUUCUUUUCUUUUUCAUUGUUCUGUCAUGUUGUAUAUGUGAAUUGAAAAGAAGAUUUUAUAAAUACUUUGAUUUAUUUUUGUUUCAUUGAACGUUUUAUCUUUUUUACUGAAAGUUUAAAAGAAUUUGUUGAGGUAAAACUUUCUAAAAAUAAAAAAAAAUGUGGCUUUUUAAUGAAAGUGAAGAAAUUACCAUAACUAAGUUCGACCUUGCUUGAAAAUCUUAUAAGAUAGUUUAUUUAUUUGUAAUUCAAAAAAAGAAUCUUAACAAGAUAUAUCUUCAAUUUUACACAAAGAAUUUGUUCUCUGAGAAUUUACGAACGAGUUACAUUGCAUUCUUAUUUCAAUUCUCACUACAUGAAAUAGUGAAGUGAAUAAAAAAUUAUAUUGUAGUGUGUGUGUUUUACUGUAUCUUUUCAUCAUAAAGACAAAUUUUACAAGUAUCGAAUCAAGUUUUCUGGUUUGUUCUUUAUGCAACGAAAAAAUAAUUUAAGAAAUCGUAAUCACAAAAAAAUGGUCUAAUGUGUACAUGUUCUUUAUUGUGUUUUCUGGAUGAACUUGUAUUUUUUUGUUCUUUGUUAACAAGUAAAUAGCUUUUCGUGAAUUUUCAGCUACAAUACUGAGUUUUAAUGAGUAGUUUCGUCAAGAAUAGAAAACAAGUUAUAAGCAUAGUUUCUUGUUUUCGCAUUACAAGAAUUCUUGAUAGAAUAAUGUAAACAAAUCCUUUUAUGAAGUCGGUGCUAGUAGCAUAUCUAGAAAUACGAAUGAUAACAAGAAAGACAAAUACAACGAUCAAUGACAACAGCAAUUAUAACAUCUUUUUCAGACACGAAAACAAAAUAAAAUUUGUGCGCACGAAACAUGGAUACACGAAAUUCGUCACAUUGAAAAUGCAACAUUAAUUUUUCAUCGUUUUAAGAUUUAUUUAGAUAUUGAUUUUACUUUAGAAAUAUCUCUGAGCAGCAGAAUCUAAGAGAUAUAUAGUUAUAUUACAAUGUGUAAUGUAAUAUAUAGAGACAAAACUAGAUAAGCUAGAUUUACAAUAAUAAUAUAUCAAUGUGAGUAAGAACCAAAAAGAAUAUUUAUUCGACGAUGGUUAAUUUAUCAUUUCAUCAAAAAUUGAUACAGAAACGAAGAAUCAUACUGUUAUGAAUAAUUUCUAAGUCUUUUUUUAUAUUUUCUGGAUUUCUCUCUUGAUUAGAUUUUCUUUCGAAUUAUUUCGAAACAAAACUUUUAUCAUUGUCCGAUUGAAAAAAAUCCCUAAAUAUGUCUCAUCAUCAAGUGAUGAUAGUACAACAUGAACAAUUUAGUAAUAUGAGUUGAAGAUUCUUAUUUAAAAUAAAUAUGUUCUAAAAACUCUGAAUAUCAGUCCUUAAAAUUAGAGUAACCAGUAAGAAAAAAGUAAAAUAAUGAAUAACAGUAAUCUUUAUUUCUUUGGAACUAUCAUCUAUACCUGACAAAUCAUUACAAAUAGUAACUAUAAAUUCAACAUCAAUAUCUUUAUCAUAAAGACUAUUAUUAUCAAUCAAGUGAUAUUUUCGAAAAGAAUUGAUGUAUGAACACAAAUAUAUGUGCGAAAAUAUUUUACAAUAAAGCUCGUUUAGUAAUUAAUUGAUGAAGAACUUCAUUAAAAACUCAAACAUGUACAUGUCUUGUAACGCGAUUUAACAUCAGAUAUACAAUAUCUAGAUUGUUUUUUUUGCAAAUUAAACUAACUCUUUGGGAUGGUGGAACGUGUUCACAUAAUUGUUGAUCUUG